UUUUCAGACGUACUCAUUUCACAUUUUGAUAAUCUCUUCCUUCCCCUUUUGCUCAAUCCUCUUCUAAUAAGCUUGUCCUACUUGUUGUCGAUCCUUCAUCCCAAAGUCUGUUACUUUUCAUCGAAUUCCCUACGUGGGUUCAUAAUAUUUUUAAACAGUGGCUAUAUUUAUUGACUCAAAUUCUAGGAAACUAUGUCGAGUUUUGAGGGUGUACUUGUUUCUGAUCCAUGGCUACAGAGUCAGUUCACCCAAGUCCAGCUACGCACCCUCAAGUCCAAGUAUGUAUCAGUGAGAACACAAUAUGGUCGGGUCACGGUAGGAGAUAUGCCAGCCGUUUUCUCAAAACUAAAGGCCUUUAUCGACGUCUUUAGCGAGAAUGAUAUCAGUGCUAUGCUUCAAGAAUCAACUUCCAACAUGGAUGAAGAGAUCGAUUUCGAAUCAUUCCUUAGGGCAUACCUAAACUUGCAUGGACGAGCAUCCAUAAAAUCAAAAUCAUCAGGCAAAAAACUAGCAGGUUCAUCCUCAUUCCUCAAGGCGUCCACAACAACAUUCCACCAUAACAUUAAUGAAUCUGAAAAGAAAUCUUAUGUCCAGCACAUUAAUAAGCACUUGGGAGAGGAUAAGUUCUUGAAGGACUACCUCCCCAUUGAUCCCUCAACAAAUGCCUUGUUUGAUCUUGUCAAAGAUGGUGUCCUCCUUUGUAAGUUGAUCAAUGUGGCUGUCCCUAACACAAUAGACGAGCGAGCAAUCAAUACAAAAAAAGCUCCUAAUCCAUGGGAGAGAAAUGAAAAUCAUACACUAUGCCUUAACUCAGCUAAGGCUAUUGGAUGUACUGUUGUCAAUAUCGGUACUCAAGAUCUCGUUGAAGCUAGACAGCAACUUAAUUUGAACUAUUGUAAUGUUCUUGUUUUCCUUUUCCUUUUUCAGCCUCAUUUGGUUCUUGGAUUGAUUUCUCAAAUUGUUAAGAUUCAACUACUGGCUGAUGUGAAUCUUAAGAACACGCCUGAGCUUGUUGAAUUGGUCGAUGAAAAUGAGGAAGUGGAAGAGCUUAGGAACUUAGCACCCGAGAAGGUUCUGUUAAAAUGGAUGAACUUCCAUCUAAAAAAGGCUGGAUAUACUAAGCAAGUAACAAACUUCUCUUCUGAUGUGAAGGAUGGAGAAGCUUAUGCUUACCUCCUUACUGCUCUUGCACCGGAACUUAGUACCCCUGAUGCAUUGCAAGUUAUGGAUCCUACAGAGAGGGCAAAUAUGGUUAUUGAGCAAGCAGAAAAAUUGGAGUGUAACAAAUACCUUACUCCCACAGACAUUGUUGAAGGAUCAGCUAAUCUUAAUUUGGCAUUCGUCGCAGAAAUUUUCCAGCAUAGAAAUGGAUUGAAUGCUACCGAAACCUCAAAAGUAUCCUAUGCAGAGAUGAUGGAAGAUGAUGAUCAAACUUCUCGAGAAGAGAGAUGCUUCCGACUAUGGAUCAAUAGUCUUGGGAUUCCUACACACUGCAACAAUGUCUUUGAGGAUGUUAGAAAUGGAUGGAUUAUUUUGGAAGUCCUCGACAAAGUCUCCCCUGGAUCAGUUAACUGGAAGCUAGCAACUAAGCCUCCCAUAAAGAUGCCUUUCAGAAAAGUUGAAAAUUGUAACCAGGUUAUACAGAUUGGAAGGGACAUGCAUUUCUCACUUGUGAAUGUAGCUGGGAAUGACAUUGUCCAAGGAAACAAGAAGCUUAUUAUAGCAUAUUUAUGGCAACUAAUGAGGUUCAGUAUGCUACAACUACUGAGAAACUUGAGAUCUCACUCCAGUGAAGGUAAGGAGAUAACUGACACAGACAUUAUACAAUGGGCGAAUGACAAAGUGAAGAAGUCUGGUAAAACAUCUCAAAUGGAAAGCUUUAAGGAUAAGAACCUAGCUACUGGGGUUUUUUUCCUAGAGCUUCUCAGUGCAGUGGAGCCUAGGGUGGUCAACUGGGAAGUCUGUAGAGCUGGAGAAACUGAUGAGGACAAGAAGAUGAAUGCGACAUAUAUCAUCAGUGUUGCAAGGAAGCUUGGAUGUUCCAUCUUCUUAUUGCCUGAGGACAUCAUGGAGGUGAACCAAAAGAUGAUCCUGAUAUUAACUGCAAGCAUCAUGUACUGGAGCCUACAGCGAAAGCAUGGAGGAGGACACCAUACAUAUACUCCUCCUGUUAAUGCACCAGAAGAUCAUGCAGAAGAAGCUGAUGAUGAAGAUGUUGCAGCAGAUGCAACUGAAUAGCCUUUUUUAAAAAAGAUACACCGUGGAGUUUUGUUUUCAUUGUUGUUUUCUUCUUCGUUUGAUAUAGAAAAAGACUUUAGUUUUUCACGUUUCUGAAGCUAUACAUUUUGAAAUUUCCUUCCACGACGUUAUAUUUGCUGAAAGACCUUAAUGAAAGAGGGAAAAUGUUUUGUAAUGUUAUAGGUUGUUUUGAUGCAUAAUUUUGCACGUGGUAUUUGGAGC